AUUAUAGAAGAUAGAUAAAAAUAAGCGAGAAGAGUAAAUAUUGUUGUUGCAAAUAGCGCCUCGCCGGAUACUCGGCGAAACGAAACGAAACGAAACAAAGUUAGUUUGAUCGAUACCUCGCGACUGUGGUCGCGUUGGUAAAGCAAACUCGGGCGAGCUCGAGCUCGGUCGUAAACGUUUAUGAGGACGAGUUUUUUUCCGCCUGUGAAGGUUAUAAUAACAAUAACAAUAAUAAUAAUAACAAUGUCUUCGAUGUGGAGGCCUGAAGAUUACGAGCGACAUCGUUCAAACGUGAGGAAAGCGACUCGCGCGAUCGACGUGGACCCGCCGAAAAGCAGGCCUCACGUGGUUCUCAACGCGAAAGGAAUGCAAUUGGAACGCGAGAAGCAAUAUCGCAUCAUGAGGGAGAAUUUCAUCCUUCUGAAGAAAUUGCGUGACAUAAUGAAUCGAAAGAAGCCCGUAGAAAGGAGUUGCAGGCUGAAAUGGGACGGCGAGACGAGGUGUAUCAGAACCCGUUAACGUUUUUCCAUUAUUCUCGCUUAUCUCGUUCGCUCGUGUUUUAUUACCGCCGUGAACAUAUAUACGAGAACAAAUUCAUUUCUAUUUUCUUUUUUAUCGACGAGAAAACAAGUGAACGGGAAUAUUGUUUAUCCUUAUAAAUAAACUUUUCAAAUAUCAACGAUCGUGAAAGGGACAAAAAAAAAAGGUUAAUUAUAAUAUCCCAUCGAACGAAGGAAGAGAAAAAUUUGAUCGGAAUGGAGGGGGAAGAGGAGGAAAAGGGAGAGGGCGAGGACUUGUAUAUCGAACGUUUGCCAUCCGUAUUCGAGGAUGUGACGAAGGCGUUGACGCAAACGGAGGCCGGUGAGUGCCUUCACACGUUGGGAAAAUGCGAAUCCGGGCUUGGCUACGCUUAUCUCGGCCUGAACGCGUCCAACAGGGGCCUGACGGACAUAAAGAUUAUACCGAUGUUCAAAUACGUGCUCUACGUGAACGUCUCCGGGAAUAAAUUGAAUAACGAGGCACUUCGCGUUCUCUCGUCCAUGAAAUAUCUUCUGAUGCUUCAAGCUGAUAAAAAUGAAGUGGAAUCCGCAGAAUUGGAUCCCAUGCCUUAUCUUCAGGUUUUAACAUUGAACAAUAACAAAUUGAACAGCACGUCGGGCAUCUCGCACAAGUUUCUCGAAUGUCUGGAAUUGAAUCACAACAACAUUGAGGAGAUCACUUUGAACCCGUACGAUCUCGAAAAUUUGAAGACCCUUGAAAUCGGUGGAAACAUUCUCACCACGACCAACGGUAUAUUCUUUCCGGGAUUGAUACGAUUGUAUUUGGGGGAGAAUCAGAUAGAGAGGUUGGAGGGGUUAGAGAUAUUGGUCAAUUUGAAAAUUCUGCAUCUGAGAAGCAACAAGAUAUCGAAUCUGUCCGGAUUCGACUCGCGAUGCGCCAAGCUUAAUUAUCUGAAUCUACGCAACAACGAGAUAUCGAAAAUUUCCGAGUUGGAGAAGUUGAACUGUUUGCCCGCGUUGGAGACGCUGAUAGUCAUGGAGAAUCCCGCGAUAGACGAGAGAGAAAUGGAAGAGGAAGCUACUUAUAGGCAUAUUAUCUUGGCAAUGUUGCCGAAUUUGACGCGAAUCGACAAGGAUCCAGUGCUAUACGAUGAAAGGAAGGAGGCUAAAGAGUUUCGUAGACAAAUGUUUCUAGACGGGACAACCUUCGCUGAUCUGGAUUAUAAUUUCUUGGCUGGAUGAAACUAUAAUAAUCAUAUUCGUUAUAUUCUUUGUCAAAUUAUUAAUAAUUAAAUUUCGAUAUUUGCGUAGGAUUUUUAAACGAUGGAGGUUAAAAAGGUUGGAUCGGGAUCGUUUCUUUGGGAACGAAAGUUUGCGGGAUAAACGAGGAGAGUAGAUAAUGGAAAAAGGACAGAGAUAAAGUAAAAAUUAGGGAAUUAGCGCCAUCUCUGGAGUGCCGUAAAUGAAACUCGUAGUAGACAAGGAAAGCAAAUUAGAAUUGACCUUCAGCACCAUCUUUUGAUUAUUAGAAACAAUUCGACGAAUUAAUGUUUUUGAAAGUACUUAAGAGAUGGCGUUGGUUUUCAGUUCUUGCUCUACCUUAUCCUAUCAUUAAAGAGAUAUCUUUGGCAUUCGAGAGAUGGCACUGGUAGUUAAUUCUUAUUUAUUUAUUGACGUAUCGAGUUUCAUUUGCGGCACUCUACAGAUGGCGCUGAUUCCCUAAUUUU